CACUCUCCUUUACAGACGUAAACACAAAUCAGCAAACCAGAAUGGAUACUUUGCAAGAAAUCAUCCCAUUCGCAAAGGAAAUGCUGAGUGCCGGUCCCUCCCAGGGCUGCCUGAAGGUUUACCUAGUGGGUGGCACUUUCGCCAUCCUGGGAAUGGUAAGCGGAGCGGUGCAGGUUGCCUCCUCCCUCUUCCCCUAUCAAGAGGAGCCUGACUUUGACAUCCUAAAGGCCCAGGAGAUGAUAAUGGUGAAACAGCAGACCCAUGAACCCCAAACCACCAUCCCAGAAGAUGACGAAAUGGAUGCUGUAAUGGAGGCCAAGGCAAAGGGACUGCCCAUGACCAGACAGAGGCGUAUGAGCUUCAGGUUACAUGCCUCAUAAGCCCCCUGCCCUGCUGCUGCCUUGCGCCAAUAUCUAGAAAGUUGAGCCUUAAAGAUGUUCUGCUUUUUGCACUAAGUCGUGGAACAUGACAAAAGGGAACCGUACAGACUUUGAAACUGAUCUGAAAGCUGCAGAGCAGCAGAAAGAAGGAAUUUACUUGAUAGUUUGACUGUUACGUACGUCUGUUUAGAUGGUGUAAUGAAUUUCUAUAAUAUGACAACUAUUUAUGAAUGAUGUAUAAAAAGUCAUGUGAAGAAUGUGCUAUCUCUGACUGCCAUGAAAUAAAUCCAAAUUUGCUCAAAAUGUGAUUGUGUCAGAUGUAUAAUGCAAGAGUGU